AUGCUCAUCUCGAAGCACCCUAUACUUUCGGCCAUUCCGUUUGCUAUUGAUACACCAAAUCCGUAUUUCGUCCGUCUUCCUAGGAUUACACUAAGCGAGAUUGUGACCUUCAUAAAAGACGAUGUGAAUUUGCCGAACUCGGAUUGGAUAGAGGUCCUCGACAAGGUCCUUGAGGAGCAACACAAUUGCCCCUUCGAGGUCCAGCCAAGCAAGACACUUCCAUUCUGGAGAUUUUGCGUACUGGAGAGCAGCAAUUGCCCUGACAGCUUUGGCCUUGUGUUCAUCUUUCACCAUUCACUUAUGGAUACCAGGAGCGCUCUGUCGUUCCACGACGAACUGGAAGGGUAUAUGGCUCAAUAUUCCGGUCUUGAGACAAGUGAUACGGUUUAUAGUCCUUCUCUUGCCCUUAUCCCUCCCCUAGAAGGCUUGUAUAGACUCCCUGUGUCGCAGGAAUUCUUCCAAUCCCAAGAGAACUAUACCGAGCCAUCUCCCGAUAGCUGGACGGGUGCUGCUCAGUUCAGGCCUGUAAAGACUCGCUUUUCUUCUUUAUGGCUAUCUGGCGUUGACACAGAAGCCCUCAUUGCACUGAGCAAGAAAGAACGGACCUCCGUCACGGCGGCACUUCAAGCGCUCAUCGCGACCUGCAUCUUUUCUGUUCUUCCGUCAAGGUAUCAUACACUACAGGGUGACUGUGCAGUAUCACUACGAAAGCUUCUUCCAGAGCCGGUCACCGCGAGCACUUUGGGUUGCUAUGUCGGAUCAACAUCCACAACGUACCACAGAAAGCCAUCUUUCAAUUGGGAUGAGGCUCGCCGUACCAAGGUGACUAUCGAGGAUGCUAUGGCACGGAAAGGGGGUGACAUGCCGGUUGGAUAUUUGGCAUUCAUUCAAAACCAGCAUCACUGGAUGCUACAAAAGCUUGGCCGGAAAAGAAGGAGUGCAUUUGAAUUAUCCAACGUUGGGUCAAGUUUUGCUUCGCGGGGAGCAUCAAACUUCCAAAUUCAGGGUAUGUUAUUCAGCCAGAGCUCUAGUGCUUGCAGCGCCGCGAUCAAGAUCAGUGCUGUGACAGGGCGGGAUGGAAGAUUGGUGCUGGGCUUCACCUGGCAAGAAGGGGCUGUAGAAGCCGACAUGAUCGAAGGGGUCAAAAGGGCUCUCAAGGGCGAGAUAGAAAGAUUAACACUGUCUGCGUAG